ACUAGUCAAAGAAGUAUCAUGGCGUCAUUGCAUCGAAAUUAAAAGUAUAAUAUUUAAACCACUUAAAUUCUAAUCAUGGGCAAAUCUGGUGGGCCUACGACACGUAAACCGUAUGAGGAGAUCGGCGCUAUCUUUAACGGAAAUGAGGUUAAAAUUCGUGUCCCGAAAAGUACUUCAAAACCUCCGAAACUGACUGCAUCCCAACUGAAGUUGCAAAACCAAUGCACCUGUGAAGAUAAUGAGUCUGUCUGUUCUGAAUCCUGUGGUCUUCCAGGUGAAGGAGGCGCUGGAACAAACAGGCUUAACUUUCAGAUACCUGAUGAUAUAUGUGAAGCAAUGACCAAACGUACUGCCUUAAACUCUGAAGUAGUGUACAGUAAGGCUGAGGCGCAUGAUAAUCUCUGUAACGUAUGUAAUGUCACGCCUCAAGAUGCUCCAAAAGGUGUCCAGGCGCAAAAAGUUCUCCACCCAGACAAAGAUGUGUUUAUCUUAAAAAUUGGCAAGCAGACUGAUGAACCGAACCGCACGGGAAAUAUUGAGGUCGAAUUGGUUACACCACGCGCUCCCGCCAAAGCGAAGCCGGCCGCCCAUUCUUGCAAAGAGAUUCAAUGUGAGGACCAAGAUCUACCCUGUUGUGGUCCAUGCAGGACCUGCAAAGGUGUGGUGCCCAAGAAGAGGAAGGGCAGGCGUCCUAAAUGUUGCUUUUAAUUACAAAGAUACACUGUAUACAUAUUAAUACGUUAU